AUCUAUCCCAUGUCUUUACUGUUUGUGUUAAUUAUGCGUGUCUAUUUAGAACGAGUAUUGUACCAGAUUCCAAACGGGACGGGUGUGUGUGCGUGAAAAAAAUCAGUUAAAAUCACCGCGUUAUGGAGUAUUCCAAACGCACAAUGCCAGUGUGUGAUAUUUGCCAGAAACCUGCCAACCAAAUUUGCGGAGGAUGCAAGCAGGUGUACUACUGUUCCAGACCGCAUCAAAAACUGGGAUGGAAGGAAGGCCACAAGUUCAAAUGCUGCGCCUUCAAAAUUCAACACACAGACACUUUGGGACGACAUAUGGUAGCCACUAGGGAUAUAAAGCAAGGUGAAAUGAUUUUGAAGGAGAAACCAGCUGUAAUAGGACCGAGGAUCACGUCUCCAGUGCAUUGUUUGGCUUGCGGUAAAAAACUAGAACCGUUGGACAGUACGUAUGAUUUUUAUAAAUGUACAACGUGUCAAUGGCCGAUGUGUGGCCCUGAGUGUGAGAAAGCUGAUGUUCACAAACCAGAGUGUAAGGCAAUGUCAGACAGUAAAUACCAGAGUAAUAUUAAAUACGAAUUUCCUGACAAAGUAGAAGCAGCCUAUUGUGUUAUAUCACCGCUCAGAGUAUUGCUUAUGAAGCAAACCGAUCCCUUGCAAUAUGAAAAUAUAAUGAAUUUGGAAUCGCAUUUAGAUGAAAGAAUAAACACACCUUUAUAUGUUGUGUUAAAAGCUAAUUUGGUUACAUUUAUCACUCAUGUACUUGGUAUGCCGUUUGAUGAAGAAACUAUAUUGAAAGUUGCAUCCAUAUUUGAUACGAAUUCGUUUGACGUCAGAUCUCCAAUUAGAAAAACUAGGCUCAGAGCUAUUUAUCUUAUUGCUUCUAUGAUGGACCAUAGCUGCAAACCAAACACAAAACACAUAUUUCUAGGAGACGAGCAUCAUUUGGCUGUAUACGCCACAGUUCCCAUCGCUAAAGGAGAGUUGAUCACUGCAACAUACACGCAAUCUUUAUGGGGCACCCUGGACAGGCGAAAGCAUUUGAAGAGUAAUAAAUGGUUUGACUGCGAAUGCGAAAGAUGCAAAGACCAAACAGAACUAGGAACGAAUUUAGGAAACAUUUAUUGCUCAGUUUGCAACGGUCCUGGCAGCGAGAAUAGGCCAUCGCGAGGCGCGAUGCUAUAUUCCACAAACCCGUUAGAUGAAUUCGCACCAUGGAAGUGCGCAAUAUGUGAUCAUUCUAUUUUAAGCCGACAAAUGGUUUGGGGCAACAACGCAUUGAAACAAGAUCUGAACAAAUUGAAGAGCAAAGGCCCGCAAGAGUUCGAGGAGUUCAUUGAGAAAUACAGUCAGAUACUGCAUCCAAGCAAUCAUCUCGUGGUGCAGGCCAAGUUGGCAUUGACGCAAAUAUACGGCAACUAUAAAGGGUAUACAUUAUCAGAAAUUUCAGAUAGUCUCCUGAAAAGGAAAAUUGACCUGUGUCAUGAGCUCUUGGAGAUAGCAGACAAGUUGGAGCCAGGGUGGUCCAAGUUCCGUGGUACGCUGCUUUUGGAUCUUCAGGCCGCGAUGGCAGUAGAGACAAAGAGGGAGUUUGAGGCUGGAAAAUUAACCAAAGCUGGCGCUCAGGACCAACUAAUGGAGAGCAUGGUUUUACUCCAAGAAGCAACCAACAUAUUAAGAGUGGAACCGCAUAUGAAAGAAGUUUUGGAGCAGAAAAUACUUGAACUGACAAGCCAGCUUGAUCCAGUUGAAAAUGGAACAAAUGAGCAAGAAGGUCAAGAAACUAUAGUAAUUGAAUAGUUUAGUCAUUAAUUGCCAGAUAUUUGUUGAUUAUUUUGAAUGUUAUAAUAAUCCAGCAUGUUAUAUACUGCUUACUGUUGAGCAAGAGUCUCAUCUACUGACAGGAUUUAGGCCUUAGUCCCCCAGGCUCUCGUAGGGGGUUGGCAGAGUUUAAAUACCAUUAAAAUCCGAAAGUUUUGAUAUUAUUUUUUGGAGUGAAAAUACUCUUGGUAUGUUUUGUAUGAUUGUUCAUUGUUAUUUCAUCACCGAUAAAGACUAGAAUAGAAACUGUUAUUUUUUUCAAUUAUAGGUUAUAAAAGCAACUCCAGUAGUUGUCGAUUUUGUAGUGGUGUUUCUCGACAACAAGAUCACAGCGUCUGCGUGAUACCUUAUAAAAUAAAGAACAUUAUGUCUUUUUGGAAUUAAUUGUAAGUUGGAACAUGUGGUUAGGAAAUUGUUCAAAUUAAUCGUUAUAAUACCGAAUUGUUUUCAGGUUUUAUAUAUCUACUAGUUUCGUAUCAAAAUAAAAUAAGUAAAUAUUUGUAUAAACGUUUAUUUCAAAUUGUAUACAUUUAUAUUAUU